AGAGAAAACAUCUACACCAUCCCCAACUUCCUUACCGUAUCCCGCAUAAUUGCUUGUCCUGUCCUAGGGUACGCCAUCUUGGACAGCAACUACGCUUUUGCAACGGGCUUACUGGUCUAUGCGGGCCUCACCGAUUUGGUCGACGGGUACCUCGCGCGGAGGUUCAAUAUGGCCUCUGUUCUUGGAACUAUACUCGACCCCGCGGCGGACAAGGCCCUCAUGACGACGUUGACUGUUACUUUGACGAUGCAGGAGCUCAUUCCACUCCCACUUGCUGUUAUCAUUCUCGGACGUGACGUUCUACUGAGCCUCUCGGCUUUCUACAUUCGUUACGCAACAUUACCCCAUCCAAAAACAUUUGCGCGGUACUGGGACUUUUCACUGCCCUCUGCCGAAGUCCGACCCACAACAAUCAGCAAAGUAAACACCGCCCUCCAACUCUUACUUAUGGGAACGACAACCGUCAGCCCUCUACUACCCCUCGACUUGGGUCUCUCUCUACAAGGACUCCAAUGGCUCGUAGCCACAACUACAAUCUGGUCUGGUGCAUCCUACCUAUUCACCAAAGACGCAGUGCGGGUCAUAACACAGCCA